AUGACCGAGCACACCGGCAGCUCGCCCCUCUUCGCUGUCUUCUCGCUGAGCAUCCUCAGCCUGAUCCUGAUCCCGUGGACGAUAUACAAGCUCUGCUCCAAGGGCCAGGAGAACGUGCAGCCAUGGGUGCCGGGGGGAAAGAAAAGAACUGUUGGCCAGAAACUGGCACAGUACUUUACGAUUGGCAAUGUGGCACUCGUCUUCUUGUGGAUUGUUGCUGCGGUGUUGGUGGUGUAUGUGCAAAAGAGCCAAAAGGACAUGGCUCCCUUUGACCCCUAUGAGAUAUUGGGAAUCCAGCCAGGCAUACCAGAGAGAGCAAUAAAGAAGGCUUUCCGAGAGUUGACUUUGAAAUGUCACCCAGACAAGAAUCCCAAGGGAAUUGGCUGUGCACAUAAUUUUGUGGACAUUGUGAGAGCGCACAGGGCACUGACGGACCCAGAAUCCAUGAAGAAAUACCAAGAGACUGGAAAUCCUGACGGUUUUACAGGAGGAUUGACAAUUGGGAUCGCCCUUCCUGAGUGGCUCUUGCCAAAAGAUAAGAAGGUUGCCCCAGUGGCCCUGCUGCUGCUGGUGUGCAGCUUCAUUCUGGUGCCACUUGGUGGAAUGGCUUGCUAUCUGUUCAGGUCUGACAAGUACACUGGGCCCAACAACAUCAUACAGGAGACCAUUGGACGAUACUGGCAAUGCAUCAGGCAAGGAAUGAGUGUUGGGCGCAUUCCAGAGAUCCUUGUGCUGGCAAACGAAUUUAUCCACAUGCACACGCCUCGAGAUCAACUUGAAGCCCUUGUCGAACUGCGGCAGAUUGUGUCAAGAUACCAUAAGGAGCUGCUGAACAAACCUCUAUUCAAAAAGAGGAAGACGGGAGUGCAAAAGGCACACAUGCUCCUGCUUGCCCAUCUUGAACGCGAGGGAGAAAAUCUGCCUGAAGUCCUUAAGAAUGAUUCAAACUUUGUGCUGGAGAGGACACCGGUUCUCUUGGAGGAGAUUGUGAAGAUGGCCCCAGCCGUUGGUGCAAUCCAGUUGGUCCAGUGCGUGACACAGGCAGUGCCAACCUGCCACAGAAAGACCACACACAAGGGCCCUGGAGAUGGUGUUGCAGCCCUCCUGCAAUUGCCAGGAAUGAAGACAGACAUGCUGAAGCUGCUGAGCAGGAAGAAAGUCCAUCUUGUUGACUUGUAUCCUGAUGAGCGAUCUACGCUGCUCAGCUCCAUUGGCUUCAAUGAGGCUACCAUCCAGCAGGUUGAGACGGCACUGCUGGCGAUGCCACAGGUCCAUGUCACUGCAGCCGAGUUCUUUGUUGUGGGAGAGGAGGACAUCGUGCAGAAAGAUGUGGUGACAUGCAAGGUGAAUCUGGUGCUGAUAACUGUUCGUAGUGAUGUAAAUAUGAGAUUCAAAGGCCUGCUGUGCAUGCUUAUUGGGGUAAUUGCUUUCUACCCUCACCCAAGACCGGAGAAGUGGUACCUUCUGCUUGCAGACCAGGACAACAAUGAGGUCUUUGCACAGACACAUGUGAACCUGGCAGAGGCUGAGAGGCUUGGAUUCAUCCAUGGGGAACAGCUUGAGCAGGAUGGUAGGAGGGGCAUCGAGAACGGACGGCAGAGUGGGCAGGCUGUGGAGUUGAGAUUCCCAGCGCUGAAGGAGGGCCGCAAUGAAUUCCAGCUGAUGUGCAUGUCAGAUUGUUGGAUCGGCUGUGAUAAAACUGUGAACCUCCGAAUGACCGUGAAAAAGCUCAAGAAAGAACGCAACCCAGUGCCCAGAGCACAGCAGACGCAGCCUUCUGACGAUGAAGACAAAGGCGACCAGGAGGACGACGAGCGCUCGAAGGGGAGCGAUGCACCGGACGACAGCGAUGCUGGCGAGGACGAGGAGGGCGAAGAGGGAGAAGACGAAUGGGACAGCGACGAGUCGGGCGAGUUGGAGUCUGCGCCCGAAGGCGAAGACGACGAUGAGGAGGGCGCCGAUGAGGAUGAGGGAGAGGGGGAUCAAUCGUAG